UCUCAACAAUAACACAAAUUGGUUUAAUUUGAAUUUCAUAGCAUGUCAUGUGUAACUUCAGAUUCUAUUAGUAGGAGGAAAUUUUCAAUGGAUAAUAGUGUUGUCACUGAUAAUAUAAAAUCUAAACAAAUUGAGCGAUGUUACGACGAUUAUAGAAAAAAGAGAAAGCGUUCUUGUAAGGCGGUGGUGGUUCCGACGAUGGAAUCAUCAACAACCGGAGACACCGCCACGACAUCACACGGUUUUAUAUCGGUGAUUGGGCGGCGGAGGGUGAUGGAGGAUGCUAUUAAAGUGAUUCUCGAUUUCGUGACGGCGGAAAAGCAACCGUGUGGAUACGAUUUCUUUGCGGUUUACGACGGUCACGGUGGGAUGACGGUGGCGAAUGCUUGUCGUGAUAGGAUGCAUUUGUUGUUGGCGGAGGAAGUUAAGGAGGAGUGUAGAGUUAAUCAUGGAUUGGAUUGGUGUAAGGCUAUGUGUUCUUCUUUUAUGAAAAUGGAUCGUGAAACUGGAAUCGGUGAUGAUGGAGAUGGAAAUACUGUUGGUUCUACGGCGGCGGUUGUGGUGGUUGGUAAGGAGGAGAUUGUUGUCGCCAAUUGUGGUGAUUCUAGAGCCGUCUUGUGUCGUGACGGCGUUGCUGUGCCACUUUCACGUGAUCAUAAGCCAGAUGUUCCGGAUGAAAGAGAGAGGAUUGAAGCAGCGGGUGGAAGAGUGAUUGAUUGGAAUGGAAGUAGAAUAUUAGGAGUGCUUGCAACAUCGAGAUCCAUAGGGGAUCAUUGUAUGAAGCCAUUUGUGAUAUCACAACCAGAGAUAAAUGUGUGCGGAAGAACAAAAUCAGAUGAGUUUGUAGUGGUAGCAAGUGAUGGUCUUUGGGAUGUAGUAUCAAACAAUUUUGUAUGUGAAGUUGUGAGAAGUUGUCUCCAAGGUCACAUCAAGAGAAAUAUGAAAGAAGAUACAAUUCAAAGUUAUGCUGCUGAGGCUGCAGCACUUUUAGCUGAAUUGGCUAUGGCUAAAGGAAGUAAAGAUAACAUUAGUGUUAUAGUUAUUCAGCUCAACAAUACUAUCACUUGAUCAUUAUUCUAUUUUUUUUUUCUUUACUAAAAUUGUCUUGUAUUAGAUAGUUCAUGUUUUUUAUAUUUCUCAAAAAAUUACUUUUUAUAGUGGACUGGCCAUUUUUAAGAGGAGGAAUCUUUUGGGUGGGUUUACUCAUCACUUCUGAUUCGUAAGAUUUUUUCAUUUUAUGAAAAAUUUCUUUUACAAUGUAAUGUUGCAUUUAUGCAAUCAA